AUGAAUAACGUUACAAAUACAUCCGUUUCAAACUUUAACAGCGUAAAUUACAACAAUAACAACAACAAUUGUAAUAAUAACAUCAACAAUAACAACAAUAAUGUUAAUAAUAACAAUAAUAACAUCAUCAACAACAAUAAUAAUAACAACAAUCACGCUAAUAAUAAUAUUCCAAACAGUAUUGGCAAUAAUUUAAAUAAAAGUACCAACGCGGGCUCUAUUAAGGACAAUAACGUCAAUAAUAAUAAUAGUAAUAAUAUUAAUAUUAAUAAUAACAAUAAUAGUUUUUCAACUAAAAACACCAACAACACUUAUUUUGAAGUUAGCAACGCGGCUUCACAAGCGAUUACUUGCACGACGACAACCUACAAUAAUUAUAUUCAUAGCACUUUCAACAACAAUAAUAACAAUAAUACUAAUACUAACAAUAAUCAGUUUAAUAAUAAUAAUAAUAUUCAUCCUCAAUUCACAACCAACAUCAAUAAUAAUAAUAACCAAUUCAACAGCAACAAUAAUAACCAAUUGAGCAAACAGCCAUCAAACUGCGCCAACAACAACAACAACAUCGAUUUUUCUCCCAACAUCUCCAACAAAUAUAACCAUCGCAACAACAACAACAAAAACCGCAAAGCAACAAACAACAACAACAGCAGCAGCAACAACAACAACAAUAAUAAUAAUAAUAACGAUCCUUAUGAUUUCAACAACGUAUCUGAAGACCAGUCCAGCCUCAUUAUCAAAAAACUUAAAGUUGAUAAGUGCGAACGCAGCUGUUCACCAAUCGCCACUCCAACCACGACCACUUGGACGUCGACCACCACUGACCACCAUUCAGCCCCUCCCACAAACAAAUGUGACGUCGAAGUGGACGCCUGUCACAUCGGAGUACUCACCGAUCCGGAUUGCUUGGGGCCGUGCGAGCCCGGAACUAGUGUCACCUUGGAGGGGAUCGUUUGGAAUGAAACCGAAAAUGGUGAAUUGUAG